AUCGCAGACAAUUUCUCACAUCACAGAUAUCAUCACAAUCCUUUCAGGGCUUCUUAAGUUAUUCUGUCAAAUAUCAACACACAAGCACGGAUCAAAAGCAAUACCUACAAUCGCCAAGGUAUAAAAAAGAUUAGUCUCUCGAUCGUAAACAAAAUCCCAGACAAUUUCUCACAUCACAGUAGAAAGUAGGUUACUUUCAUAACGCAUCACUCCCCAUUGGUCCCUCGUUAGGACCCUGAGGCAGCCAGUUUGGCACAAAAAUCACGUGAGGCCAAUUUUCAUUCAUUGCAUUGGUCAUUUUUGGCUGGAGUCACCUAAACAAGGCUGGUGCGCACUGCGGUGAUCGACACCUCCGUGACCUAGCUAAAACUGAGGCUCCACCGUCUGUCGGUAGUCUGACUAGUUCUCUCGCUGAUGAGGACAGGAUGGGAUGGACGCGCUGUGUUCGCCAUGUCGCCUGUUUCCUGGCCGUGUAUCUGCGUACCUGUGUGUGUACAGGGUUGCCUGACCCGAAAUCGCCGACUCACUGCGAGCUGGGGAAGUUUCCGUGCGGGGACCUGCCCACGUGUCUGCCGCUGCAGCUCCAAUGUGACGGCAAGAAGGACUGCAGCAACGGGGCGGACGAGGCCAACUGUGGAGACAACAACGGAUGGGCGGAUCACCUGCAGAGUCAGGUCGUCAACCCGGCGUUAGAGUCAGCAGGAAUUCCUAGGGACUGCCAUCUGGACAUGCACGUAGUUCCUCACGUCUGCCAGUGUAUCUACACGCACAUCAAAUGUGAGAGAGUCGGUCUGGUCUCCGUACCCGCCAACAUAUCACAAGAUGUCACCAGGUUGAACUUACAACACAACUUGAUCGAAUCCCUGCAGAAUAAUUCCCUCGGAAAAUUGACGGCUCUACACAGCCUGAAUCUCCGUGGUAACAGGAUCAGGACCCUCCCAGCAGGCGCGUUCACAGGGCUGACCAACCUGGGGCAGCUGUAUUUGUCAGAAAACCUGCUAGAAACUCUGCCAGCUGGAGCUUUCCAGGGACUACAGAGGCUAAAAUGGCUGUAUCUUCAAAAGAAUAAGCUGAGGUCUCUUCAAGCAGAUGUUUUCCAAGGACUAACCAGCCUUAACUGGUUGGAUCUUCGGUUCAACUACUUGCAGGAUUUGCCAUCCGGAGUGUGGUGUGACCACAUGCCUGCACUUCUCUGGCUGGAGAUGGAGGGAAAUGAAAUUGAAAAACUGACAUCAUCCUCAUUUACAAGAUGCAGCUCUUUGACUUUUGUAAACUUCAGAAACAACACCUUGAAGUCCAUAGGCCAAGACACAUUCACACCACUUUCCAGUGUCUGGGAAUUAGACAUAUCCUGGAACAGUCUGGCACCACUCCCCAUUGGAACCUUCAAUGGACUGGGACACCUGAAACUGCUGAAUGUAUCUUACAACAGAGACAUGAUCCUGAGUCGAGACCUGUUCUUUGGGCUGGAUAACCUGACUUCGCUGGACCUGCGAGGUCUAGAGAUGCCUCAAGACUGCCAGCAUUCCAGGGUGCUGCUUAGCCUGGAGAACUUAUACUUCGUGUAUUUUGAUGACUUCUCGUCCUGUCGCUACGCCCUCCAAGCACGCGGGUGCUCUCCCAAGUCUGACGGCAUUUCCUCGCUGAAGAACAUGUUGGCCCUGGUUUUUCUGCGUGUUGUAGUCUGGGUUCUGGCCUUCUUCACCGUCCUAGGCAACUCCUUUGUCAUCCUGGGCAGGCUGCUUAUUAAGAAUGAGAACAAUGUGCACUCUCUCUUCAUAAGGAACCUGUGCGCGGCAGACCUGUUGAUGGGUGUGUACCUCGUCAUCAUUGCCAGUCGUGAUGUCAUGUACCGUAACGAGUUCAUCCAACACGCUCUGUUCUGGCAGGAGAGCGUCCUCUGUCAGUUCGCAGGCUUCCUGGCUAUGCUCUCUUCUGAGGUAUCUGUGCUACUGUUGACGUACAUGUCCAUGGAGCGAUGUCUGAUCAUCGUCUUCCCGUUUCGCACCAUGGAGCCCAGCGCCAGACAGAACCGGACAUGCAUCGCCUGCAUCUGGCUCAUUGGUUUUCUCAUUGCCUCGCUACCAUUUCUUAUACAGGAUUCUACAUGUUUCUAUGGGAGCAGUUCAGUGUGCUUCCCUCUCCACCUGCGCUCCCCCUACGGCCAGGGCUGGGUGUACGGAGCUGUGGUGUUUAUUGGGCUCAACAUGUGUGCCUGGUUCAUCAUCCUCAUGUGCUACUGUUGCAUGUUUAUCAGCAUUCAGCGCACACGUAUGCGCACCACAGGCCCGCCUGCUCACAAGGCUGACUGGAUCGGCUGGCGUUUCUUCUUCAUCGUGCUGACAGACUCGCUGUGCUGGAUACCCACUGUCGUCCUCAAACUGCUGGUCUUACACGGCGUCAACAUAUCUGAAACCUUCAAUGCUGUGAUAGCGGUGGUGGUCCUGCCCAUCAACAGUUCCAUCAACCCCAUCCUGUACUCCAUCUCAACAUCAAACUUCAAGGACGGCUCUCUCAGGGUCUUCCGCACCCGUGGGCAGUCCAUCAGCAGACUGGCCACGGGAAACAGCUCAGGCAACACCUUCACCAUGUCUGUCAGGGCCAGUUUAGUGUUCCACUCCUGCCAGCCGUCAGGCACCUGUCUCAUUCCGCACCUGGGCCAGGUGGCUCCAGUCAGCUGUCUGCACCUGCUCUGA